AUGGCACAGCAAGAGAAGACUGAGAAGACGAGGGUUGCGGAUAGGCUCGAGGGUCGUUGGGUCAAGGAUAGGCCGCAGAACAAGAGAGAGGGAAGAGACAAAGGAAAAGUCGGACGAGAUACAGAGACAAGAGCGCGAGCCCAACGAUCCUGGUCUGCAGUCGGCCCUAGGCGUGCUUCCUACUGGAUUCCUGGUCGUCAAAGGCAGACUGCGGCGGUCUGGCCAGGUCGGCGCCAGGUUUCCCCUAAAUCGUGGACGUCGAUUGGCCAUCUCAAUCUGUUGGACUGGUCGACAAUCCCUCAGUUGACGGUCGGUGGGUUCCCCGUCUGCUAUGGAUUGGUCGCGAGCAGAGGUACAACAUGGGAAGUCGAUAGGUAA